AUGGCUCCCGUUAAUCCCUUUUGUGAUAUCAACAUCACGACAUCACCGUCACGCUACGCUUUCGGUUCACCCUCCUCUCCAAAUGCACCGGCUCUUGUGGUUGACCGUCCCUCCGGGGACAUGCGUCUCGUUGAGUCGCCAAUUUCAAGGGGGAAGCGGAUAGGCAACGUUGCCGGAGUCCUAGGAGUUAUUCGACUGCGUCUUGACAAGUAUAUCAUCAUUAUAACCAAGGCUGUGCUGGUCGGGCGUAUCCGAGGACAUGCCGUGUAUAAGGUCCACACUACUGAAUUUCUGCCCUUACAGGAAAGACAGUUGCACGACCCAGACGAGGAUACCUACUUGUCACUUUUACGCACUCACCUACGUACCGGGCCCAUGUAUUUUUCGUAUACCUUCGAUUUGACAAACUCAUUCCAGCGCCAGUCCUCCGCUGAUACCUCACUUCCCCUCUGGCAGCAGGCGGAUGAACGUUUUUUCUGGAAUCGGUACAUACAAUCAGACUUGAUUGAUCUCCGCAGUUCAAACCCGGCUGCGGACCCGUUCAUCCUCCCCGUCUUCUUUGGCUUCCUUAGCAUUACACUGACUGCGCUUAAGUCCACCCCGUUGAGUUUCAUUCUUAUCACUCGAAGGUCGCGACAUAGAGCAGGGACUAGGUACUUUACACGUGGAGUGGAUGAGUCUGGAAACGUUGCAAAUUUCAAUGAAACUGAGCAGAUCGUCAUCAUUGGCGGCUCUACUGCCAAGGUUUUCAGUUUUGUUCAAACUAGGGGAAGUGUGCCGGUGUACUGGGCAGAGGUAAACAACUUGCGUUAUACCCCGGAGCUCCAGGUCAGGGGUGUAGAUUCUGCGAUGAACUCGGCAAGAAAGCAUUUCGAUCACCAGAUCAGAUUAUAUGGAGAUAACUAUCUGGUUAACUUGGUAAACCAGAAAGGUCGAGAGCAAAGAGUUAAAGCAGCGUAUGAACACAUUGUCAAGCUGCUUCCCACCAAAAGGACUGAUAUACCAGACCAACUGCACUAUGUUUACUUUGACUUUCACCAUGAAUGCGGAGGAAUGGAAUGGCACAGGGCACAGCUACUUCUCGAACAGCUAGGUGGUGGCCUAUACGAUCAACAAUAUUUUCAUUCUGUUGAGGGAAAAUUUGUGUCGAGUGACAUUCGGAGCUAUCAGACGAGCGUUGUUAGGACUAACUGCAUGGACUGCCUGGACAGGACAAACGUCGUGCAGAGCAUGCUAGCCCGGCGAACCCUGAAUCGCCAGAUGGUUGAUGCUGGUGUUCUUGGGGAGGGAGAAAAUACCGCAUCCUUCAAUAGCUUUGAGGUCAUAUUCAGGAGCGUAUGGGCUGACAAUGCGGAUGUUGUGAGCCAGACGUAUUCUGGCACUGGGGCACUGAAGACUGAUCUCACAAGAACCGGAGUACGAACAAAGGCUGGAGCUAUUGCGGAUCUAUCGAGCUCUAUCACCCGAUAUUUCCGUAACAAUUUUAGUGAUGGGCCACGGCAGGAUGCGUACGAUCUCUUUUUAGGGGUCCAUCUUCCCUCGUCAACCUCCAUGUCCUCCCUACUGUUUAUCGAUCGCCGCCCGAUAAUGAUUCAGAGCAUUCCAUAUGUUCUUUGUGGGGCUAUUCUUCUUGAACUCGCGGCCUUUGUGUUGCCGCGUACUACUGACGAGAGCCCGUUGAGCAUGAGAAUAUUUGCUCUCUUCUGGCUUGCUGUUGCCUUAUGGGCAACCAAUUUCAUCACGAAGCAUGGAAAACUUUAUGUGAACUGGCCAAGAUUGAACACUCCAAGUUUUGCAGUGCAGGGGUAUAAUGAGGAGUUGAGAAGUGCAAAGAAAGAUCUAAUCAUUGGGAAGUGGAUCGGUAGAGGCGGCAAUGCUCGCGAGCGUGAUUCAGGCGCAGGAGGAAGUGGUAGAUUGGUUCACUUGGAGGAGGGGAAGAAGAGGAUCGAGUAGAAGUGCACAGUGAGAAGGAGUGAGAGAGGGGGGACGGGGCUUGAUGGAAGCACUCGCGGUGUGGUGGCUGAGGUAAGACAUGGGGGAGAGGAGAAGGGGGGCAGGAGCUCGGAAGGGCGGUACCUGUGUAACCCUGUGUUACUGGUGUGACACAUUUGGCUGCGAUUGUGUUACACGUGGUUUGGAGGACAGGGAGGACUAGUAAUAAGAGAAUUUUCAACAGAACUGUUGCCUAGCUACAGGUGAGAUUCUGUGUGUUCACCUUUCGUCACAAUUUUCCCUUCCUUCCAUCCUUUUUUAUUUUUAAUUUUUUUAUUAUUUUCUUUCCUCCGUCCAUUUCUCUCCAACCCCCCCUCCCUCCCCACUCCUCUCAUUACACACUAAGCCAGUUAUUUAGUUAAAGCCAAUAUGGGGUUUUUCUUUGUCACCUGGCCCAUCGCCUUAUCUGAUACAUACUAUUCCAUCUUUUCGUUAACCUCCUUUUCCUUAUAUCAUAUCACAUUAUUUCUUCCUUUCCUAUUUCCUUUUUCUCCACCAUCGCCAUAAUUUUGAUAUAUCUCUUUGAAUCCGUUUGUUGAUUUGUUUGUUGCCCUGCAUUACAUAUCAUCCGGGGUUCAUCCGGUGUUAGUUUGUUUAGCAGUUUGGUUUGAUGCAAUUAUCAUACACCUAAAUAAUAA